AUGGAGGAGCCACGUAAAGGGGAGAAAGAGAAGGAGAAGGGAGGGGAAGAAGGUAGGUACCGUGGUGUGAGAAGGAGGCCAUGGGGUAAGUUUGGAGCAGAGAUCAGAGACGCAACGAAACCUACGGGAAGACAAUGGUUGGGGACAUUUGACACGGCAGAAGAAGCAGCAAGAGCUUAUGAUCGUGCAGCCAUUGGAUUAAGGGGUGCCCUUGCAAUCCUUAAUUUCCCUGAUGAGUACCAUUCUCAUCUCCCUUUCUUGUCAUCAUCGUCUUCUUCCUCUUCUUCUGCUAGUGUUAUUGGAAGUUCUUCUACUGCACAAGGGGAAGUUAUUGAGUUUGAGUAUUUGGAUGACAAGGUGUUGGAAGAUCUUCUUGAGUUAGAGGAGAAGAGAGAGAAGAAGUGA